AUGCGAGACAGCGCUGUGCGGGUGCGGGUGCGGGUGCGGGUGCGGGGGCGGGAAGGGAAAGUUCACAGGAUCCCAGCCCAGCACAGGCCUUCUCAAUUCGACAAGAAAAUUCUGCUGUGGACCGGGCGUUUCAAAACGAUGGAGGAGAUCCCGCCAACUGUCCCGCCGGAAAUGAUAGAUGCUGCAAGAAACAAAGCUCGUGUGAAAGCUUGUUAUAUAAUGAUUGGACUCACGAUUAUCGCCUGCUUUGCAGUCAUAGUGUCAGCCAAAAGGGCUGCAGGACGACAUGAAUCCUUAACAAGUUGGAACCUGGCAAAGAAAGCUAAGUGGCGUGAAGAAGCUGCAUUAGCUGCACAGGCUAAAGCUAAAUGAUAUUCUAAGUAACAAAAUAUCACCUGCAUACCAUCACUAUUUUCAGCAACAAUAAGAGAUAGGUAAAAAGAAAAUAUUUCAACAUAUUUGCCAUGGUUUCAUUUGGUAACAAAAAGCACAAGGACUUUUUGUUUAGUAAAUGUUUAUUGAGGUAUACCGUACAUUCAAAAAAGUGCACAUGUACAUUGCUUGAUCAAUUUUUACAGAGCAAACACACAUGUGUAACCACUGCCCAGGUCAAGGUGUUGAGAAGAGUUUCAGUGAUUUCAUAGGAGUAUCUUUUCCUGCCCCCUCCGGUUUUCUAUAAUCACCUCAGCCUCAUGUCCAAGAUCCAAGUUGUGGACUCACUCUCACAGUUCAUAGUUGUCAAGGAUAUUAUUUUUUUCCCAUAUACACUUUGAUUGAAACCACUUCAACAUCAGUGGCUCCUCAGAUAUCUCUUUUCUCCCUUUUCUCAGUA